AUGUCUAAGGAUUACGGUGUAUUGGCCACCACUCCGUCAGGGAAGCUACAGAGGAUUUACUCUGAGAACGAGACGAAGAACUUCAACAGUGUUGAUGGAAGGAGAAUGUUUGAUGAUGACAGGUAUAGACCGCACAGGACGAGGCGGAACGGCGAAAGGAAGGAUGAUGAGAUAAGCUCACCAUCAGCAUCAGUCGGCCGGUUUAAAACGAGAAUGCACAGUGGAGGAAUGGAGGACGAGUACAUCCCGGAUUUCGACUUUGGCGCAGCUGUGAGAUUCUGGAACAAAGAGCAGAGCGACACGUCUUUGAAUAGCUCCUUCACGCCUGCUAGUGCAACGCCGGGAGGUUCUAUGGGGGAAUUGCACACACAGGUUAAACCAGUCUCUGUGCCUCAUAUGGACCACCAUCCAAAGUCCGAACAGGAUGAAGAGGACUUUAUUGCAUCGAAAUUGCCGAGAAACUUUAGCGAUUUGCCCUUUUCAAUGAGAAGGAAGAUCAUCACUGAACUAUCACACUCUCCUCUGAUAAAUAGAGAGGCCAUUGAAAAGGUGGUGAAGAAGCGUUUCAAGAAGAAUAAGAAUGAAAGCUCUCCGGCCUUACAAUUCCUAUCAAGCUUUAGCGACAGGCCAAAGGUCAACUUUGAAGAGCCCGUAUUAAACCAUAGACUAGGUCGUAUAAUCGGUAGUGGGGCGUGGGGAAUAAUAAGAGAAUGUCGUGACGUUAAGGAUGAUACUGAAAGGGCAAUGAAGAUCAUACGAGCAAAAAGAGAGGACGUUAAAGAUGUAUUCAGAAGGGAAACACAAAUGUGGUCCAAACUACACCACCAAUUCUUGUUACCUUUGUUAAAUGUUAAGGAGACUGACGAUACUUUUUUCUGUCUAACCAAAAAGGCAUGCGGUGGGACAUUGUUUGAUCUUGUGUCUAAAUGGGGACUCUAUACAACUCAAUCAGAUGAAGAUCUAUCGAGAAGAAUUAAAAUCACAAGGAAGUUUGGGUUGGAGAUCAUCGAAGCAUUAUCAUACAUGCAUAAGAUGGGAAUCGUUCAUGGUGAUGUGAAGUUGGAGAAUUGUCUACUCGACUGUUAUGGAGAAGACGCCAAGAUAAUGGUUUGUGAUUUUGGAAUGAGUACACAAUUCAAACCACCCGAUGUCUCUGAAGAUAUAACGAUCCAAAAUAACAAGAGAAUUAAGAGACGUCCUUCCAUUCCAAGGUCCUACUCAGGAGCAAAGCUCCGUCGUCUACACUCACUGGAGAGAAUAGCGACGGAUAAGAACCGAACACAUGAUGACACAGCACUACAGAUCGACAUGACUUAUUCCCAUGCUUCGUCAGAAUCAGAUAUGUUAUCGUUUGAUCCUUCACCCAUAACGAUUAAAUCGCCGGAGGUGAAUCCAAAUCUGCCAGACUCACACAUCGGCUCACUUCCAUAUGCUGCGCCAGAACUAUUAGAGAGCUGUCCACCACCAUUAGGACCGUCUGCAGAUAUAUGGGCAUUCGGUGUAUUGUUAUACACAAUGUUUGUUGGUAAACUACCCUUCCAACAUCAAUACGAACCAAGAUUGAGAGCAAUGAUCAGUGCUGGCAGGUAUGAUUUCGAAAGCCUAGUGUGCGCAACUAAAUCAAAUGAAAUGCUCAUUGAUACCGUGAGUGGCUGUAUGAAGAGGGAUUUAACCGAGAGAUUGACACUUGACAAGGCAAAGGAAUUACUCGAAAGAGCAAAGGUUUGAAUUGAAGACCCCCCACCAAAGAUGACUAAUGAUUGUAUUAUUCAAUCUCUGCCUGAAGGUAUUCUGUGUGAGACUAUAACUCUAAUGAAUGUUUGUUUAGUUUAUGAAUUGAUGACAUUGC